AUCUGUCGUCCCAGUCAGUGAGGCAGCGAAGGGCGAGCCGCGCACCAUUGACCGUGUCCGUGCUUCUUUUUUCGUCUCCUCUAGAAACGCCACUCUCGCUACCCGGUGUUUGCCGUGCCUCUCCCUCUCUUUCUCUCUCUAUCCCUCUCUAUUCCUCUAUUUUUCCUUCUCACUUCGUCCCACGCGCGAGAGAAGUCUCUCUCUCCUUCUCUCCGUCUCCGCUACAGAAGCACGAGACGGUGUAGAUACACAGACACGGUACCGCACCCCGUUUGCACCGGUUAUUUACUAUCGCGCUUCAUUGUCGCGUUUCACCCUCGAGUGGCUCUCGUCGGCACGCGUGAAUGAACGGAGAUCGCGUGGAUCCAGCUCCACGCUCGACAUCGUCUCACCGUCAUCCUUUCUUAAGUAUUUCGGCGAGUUGUCGCGGUUCCGUGUGAACAGUUUCGUUCCGGCUUCAUGAAGACUCGGUUGGUGGUUGCAAUUUCUUCCGCGUCGAGCCGGCCGGGGAACUCGCGAAUAAACUUCUAAGUCCUCGGUGUUCUCUUGGAUCCCCUGUCGUGAUUGUGAAGCAACGACCAUGCCCGACAUCUACGGAAAAAUGUAAAGUAAGGGGAUGCCGACACGCGAGAGAACUCGGUGGUGUCACGUGAGAACAGUGUAGGGGACACGGAGGUCAUCUCGGCGCGAUCCAAGAGGUACCUGGAUCCAAGGGACAUCGGGGAUUCGUUGGCCAACCGGGUCCAAAGAAGAUUUCCUUGGAUCUCACGCUCCGACGAAGGGAUCAAGCUUUUCGAGGUCCGCAGAGUCACGGAGGAACGUUGCAUGUAGCCGUCGGCUGCAAGCUCGCUCUUUCCGAUGGAUCCGUUGGUGCUAGAGAGCAAUGCGUCCGACUUGGGCGGCGAUCAGCACCAGCAGCAGCAACAGCAACAGCAACAAUCGCAGCAUCAGCAACAACAGCAGCAACAGCAGCAACAGUACGGCGAGGUGAACCAGUUGGGGGGUGUGUUCGUGAACGGUCGACCCUUGCCGAACGCGGUUAGGUUGCGAAUAGUGGAGCUUGCACAGCUGGGCAUUAGGCCGUGCGACAUCUCGCGGCAGCUGCGGGUCAGUCAUGGUUGUGUCAGCAAGAUCUUGGCCCGGUACCACGAGACUGGCAGCAUACUGCCUGGCGCGAUCGGCGGCAGCAAGCCCCGGGUGACCACCCCGAAGGUAGUCCAGUACAUCAAGCAGUUGAAGCUCAAGGACCCGGGAAUCUUCGCUUGGGAGAUCAGGGACCGGCUGCUCUCCGACGGCGUCUGCGACAAGUACAACGUGCCCUCGGUGAGCAGCAUUUCCAGGAUAUUGAGGAACAAGGUCGGCGCGGCGACUGCGAUCCAUCAUCAUCCCCAUCAUCCAGCGCAUCAUCACCAUCAUCAUCAUUUGUACGCGGCCGCGGCUGCCGCGGGGGCUGCGCUUUGCCCCGUCCCUUACCCGCCGACGCCUUAUCACGCGACGCCGCCGCCGGUUACGCAUCAUCAUCACCAUCACCACCACCAAGUUGGACCAACGACGCCGAGCAAGCUGUCCCCCUCGUCGCCCUUGUCGCCGACCUCUAUCCACGCUGGUCAUCAGUCGACUACCACGGGCACCCUUCAGUGGCCUAGUCCUCACACGGUCCACGACAUUCUCGCAACCGGCUGCAAUCCUACCAACUCGCCGUCCUCUUCGUCGCCGACGUCGCCGCUCUGCGUCUCGAUCAACAACAACCAUCAUCACCAUCACGGCCAUCACCAUCAUCAGAGUAACGAGAACGUUGUCAGUAACAACAACAACAACGAGGAGGAAAGUUACCAUCAUCCGCAUCAUCAUCACCAUCAUCAUCAGCAGUAUUACGCAUCCGCUCUCUACCAUCAUCAUCAUCACCAUCAUCUCGCGGACACCAUGGCGCCCGUGGUGACCACCUCGUCGGUCCUCGCCGUCCAGUCCAUCAUAAUGCAGUCUUCCACGGCGAGUAGUCAGCCUGCUAGUCCCUGUAAUUGAGACGAUUCGAUUAGAAGAGAGAACAAUUUGAAAAGUGUAAUCCAAAGUUUUCGUUGUAUAUCGCGACGGAAAGACUUGCAGCACCGUGAGUGGCGCGAGUGCAACGCCGGACCAUCGACUAUGAAAACGAAGAGCAAUGAACAGAAUCGUUUCGAGUGACUGUGAGACCGACAAUCGAAGAACGUUCUAGUUAUCGGUGUCUCGAACGAUAAACUGUAUCAUCACCAGUAUUAUAUGUUUUUUGAUCGUCGUUUGCCAUUGAUUAAACGCUAAGAGUGCCUUUUGCGAGUGCCAUAAAGAAACUACUUUACGCUAUGUAUAUUGUAAUUGAUCCGUAUGCGAGGAAACAGUGGUGCAAACGUUGUCCGUUCAAACCUUUCAAAAAGGUUUACACGCUGUUCGCGGUUUCGCCCUUUCCGUGUAUCUAUAAUGUUUCCUCGAUAUUUGCAUGGAUUUUGCGAGAGAUAAUUGUUAUGGGUGCGUUGCGUGUUCUCCAGAGAAAGAGAAACUGUGAUUGACGCGAACGACCGUAAAAAGAACUAUGUAUAUCGAUGUUAUCCGAGCGAUGGACGAGUGCCGAUCGCUUCACGAUUACGUAAUUGUAAUCCUCUGUCAUGCUUUUUUUAUGAAAUGUAACAUUUGGCGUUGGGAAAUAUAUAUUUUCCAUCAAGUUAA